AUGUUAGGGCAAGCUCGAUGGCUGAUGUUAGUGAUAGCUGCAGGCCUCACGCUGCAGUCGAGAGGUGAUGGUGGCAUCAGACUCCCUGAUCAGCCCCCGAAACAAGAAGGCCAUUCUGAAGGAAGAUCAUUGAGUUUUGGAGAUGAAAAUUCCAGAUCGCCUCAAGCCUCAGGCCGUGGUCUCCUGGACUGGAUAGGUUUGGGCGAAGACCAAGACCCUUAUAUUCAGCAAUCAACCCAACAGUGCAUCCAAGGUGACCUGGCCGAUUGUUUCAAGGCACAGGCUUUGCGGUCAUUUGAUGACUUCUUUGAUAAGCCGUCUUAUGCUUUAUCAGAAAAUGCUGUUCUCGUUAAAGUUGAAAGUCAAGCCCGCGCGUUACUCCGCGAACCUCCUACACUGGAGUCGCAACCCAGGAGUGAGGACUCCGACUGGGAGGCACUUGUGAAAUAUGGCAUGAGGAAAAUUGAAAGGUUCCUGAGAUCAACUGCUUUGGAAAUGGAACUGGAUGACGAUGUUACAUCCCGUGGUAUUCUAGCACCUCGUUUUAUUGGUGAUAUUGCUGAUGAAGUGGACAUAAUUGAAAAUAAGAAAGCUUCUUUCCCUGGUCGCCAUAAGUUGAAGAAGCUAAUCAUUCCUAUGUUGCUGAUUCUGAAGCUGUUCAAGCUCAAACUGCUGCUCUUCUUGCCUCUGAUUCUUGGUCUAGCCAGUUUCAAGAAGUUCCUUGGAUUCUUAGCUCUUAUCGUGCCCGGUGUCAUUGGUUACUUCAAGUUCUGCAAGCCCAACUCGUCACCAUUCUCACAAAAUCACUACACAGGACCUCAGUAUAGCCCUGCUGGUAUCGGGCUUGGCAAUCACGGGAUCUACAGAGACACACCACCAGCAUACGGUCAUGGACAUUAUGAAAGCUAUCCCGGUGGCCAUAAAUACGGCUCAGGUGGAAUUUCCUUCAGAGAACACGAAAGUCCUCAAGAUUUAGCAUAUCAGGGCUGGGAUUACAGAAAUAAGCAAGGAGCUGAAGACAUCAAGGCUGAAGAACCUUAA